AUGGAACACGGUGAAACAUCGUUCCACAAUAUCAUUGUCACCGGCGGUGCCGGAUAUAUAGGGUCUCACGUAAUCCUCUCGCUUUUACUUACCAGAAAAUUCAAAAUCAUUUCUAUCGAUAACUAUUCCAACUCGCACGCAGAGUCUCUCGAACGUGUUUCAAAAAUUGCACGCGAAUCCCUGCCAGUGGACGCGUCAGAAGAAGAUAAAUUUAGUGUAAUAAUAGAUGAUCGCAAAGUAGAUCUCACUAAUUCGCUUGCGGUUCGCGAAGUCUUCGAAGCCUACGGCAAAGGCAACAUCUGGGGUCUUAUCCAUAUCGCUGCACUGAAAGCUGUUGGGGAAUCCGGAACGGUCCCUAUAGAAUAUUAUCGCGUCAACGUUGCUGCUACAAUAACUCUCUUACAACUCAUGGACGAAUUCGAAUUGCAUAGACUUGUAUACUCUUCUUCCGCGGCAGUGUACGGUAUUCCACCAAAAAUUCCCACCCCUGAAACUACAGCUCUCAAAGCUAAAAGCGUCUAUGGACGUACGAAGGCCAUAUCCGAAACCAUUAUCAAGGAUAUAUGCCAGUCGAACCCGAAAUGGCGCGUAAUAUCGUUACGAUAUUUCAACCCCGCAGGUGCAUAUGAAUCGGGUCAAAUAGGCGAACACCCCGUGGGAAUUCCUGAAAAUUUGCUGCCUCGUCUUGCCCAAAUGGCUGCAGAACAAGUGGAAGGCCCUGUAAAUGUGUUCGGGAAUGAAUAUAAUACCAGGGAUGGCACUUGCGUCAGAGAUUACAUUCAUGUUGUCGACUUGGCGGAAGGCCACCGUCUGGCACUAGAAGCUCUCUCGGAUGGGUCGCUCCAGAAGACGUUCGGAAACGUCGCGGGAAAUAAUGUCAAUUACAAGGCUUACAACCUUGGCACAGGACAUGGGAAAACCGUACUGGAGGUUGUCAACGUAAUGAAAGAAGUCACAAAUUUCGCAUACGAGAUAAAGUUUGGUAACCCCCGUGCCGGCGACGCUCCAACCCUGACAGCCGACCCAGCUCUAGCCAAGACGGAACUUGGCUUCUCGGCUUCAUCUGACCUCGAGAGGAUUUGCCGUGAUCUCUGGAACUGGCAGGCAAAGAACCCAGCUGGCUACGGUACUCAAAGAGCCCAACGGAGCUAACUAUCCAGAAGAAACUCACCAAAUCCAUCAUUGUCGAAGUUCCUGGUCAGGAGGUUGUCAUUGAAGCUACUGCGGAGGUUAAGAAAGUUUGGGUGUUAGGAGUCUGAGUCACAGUUCACGGUUAUUCUUAUACUACUAUUCUGGCUCUCAUCGCUAUCUUGUGUACUCAUGGACAUAUCUCGCUAUACGGACUUGAGUUGGACUGGAGACUAGUAGAAGUAACUUACAUCAUUGAUACCCAUGUUGUUGAUAAAUUCCACAACCUUGUGGACCUCGGU